AUGAAAAAUGGGGUUUUUAGCUCCGGCUAUUUGUAUGUUGCUGUGUCAUCCUUUCUAGGCAUGGGGGAGUUUGCAACUAAAGAUGCCUUUGAAUGGGUGAACCAAUAUCCCAAGGCUAUAAAAGACUCUUGUAUAAUCGGGCGGCUCAUGAAUGACAUUUCUAGCCAUGAGUUUGAAGUAAAAAGAGGCCAUAUUGUAACUGCAUUAAAUAGUCACAUGGGUCAGUUUGUUACAGAAAUCGUUCGUCCGCUUGCUAAUUAUCCUCCCAACAUCUGGGGUGAUCACUUCCUCAAUUAUGCUCCCCCGGACGAGGCUACCCAAGGCCGAAUGGAGCAAGAGGCGGAAGAGCUCAAAGAGCUAGUGCGCAAAGAAAUUUUGAACGUUCAUAAGGACCCAAUGGAAAGACUUGUAUUCUUAGAUGACAUACAUCGCAUUGGAGUUGUAUACCACUUUGAAAAUGAAAUUGAAGACACUUUUCGAAAUUUCUAUAAGAAGAUGUAUGAUGAUAGUUCCUAUGAGGAUGAUCUUUACUAUGUUUCUCUACGCUUUCGUCUCUUACGACAACAUGGCUUCAAUGUUUCAUGUGAUGUGUUUGAAAACUUCAAAUGUGAGAACGGAAGCUUCAAGGAAAGGUUAACAAACGAUGUGCAUGGCCUAUUGAGCUUGUAUGAAGCGUCAUAUCUAGGAGUGCAUGGAGAGAAUACACUCGACGAAGCUCGUGUAUUUGCUACUACUCAUCUAACCUCAUUUUCUACACAAUCAAACUCUCCCAUGGCCGAACAAAUAGCCCAUGCCUUGAAACUACCCCUCCAUAGACGUAGUAUAAGGCUAGAAUCGUGGUACCAAAUCUCGUUGUAUGAGUCAAAGCCUUUCCAUAAUGAAGCUUUGUUGAAAUUUGCGAAGUUAGAUUUCAACUUGCUUCAAAUACUGCAUAACAAGGAGCUAAGAGAUCAUACUAGGUGGUGGAGAAGUCUAGAUAUGGUCACAAAAUACCCUUUUGUUCGUGAUAGAGUGGUAGAGGCCUACUUCUGGAUUCUGGGUGUGUACUAUGAACCUAAGUACUCGUAUGCGAGGAUGCUGCUAAACAAAUUUUUCAACAUUAUAUCUGUAAUAGAUGACAUCUAUGACGCUUAUGGAACCAUUGAAGAGUUAAAACCCUUCACCGAAACGGUUCAAAGGUGGGACAAAAGUUGCAUCAGUCAACUUCCGGACUACAUGAGAGCAAUUUCUCAAGUUAUGUUUGAAACGUUUGAAGAAAUUGAGCAAGACUUAGCUUUGGAGCAACGAUCAUAUGUUGUUUAUCAUCUCCAACAGUGGCGGACCCAGGAGUUUCCGACUGAUGAGUCACAAUCGAUAACCAAAUAUAUGAAAGCUAUAUGUCAAGCUUACUUUCAAGAAUCUAUUUGGCAUCAUCAAAAUGUUGUUCCAACUUACGAUGAAUACAUGAAAAAUGGCAUCAUCACCUCUGGCUAUUUGUACAUUACUGCUGCCUCUUAUCAAGGCAUGGGGGAGUUGGCAUCUAAGCAUGCCUUUGAAUGGGUCGACGAAAAUACAAAGGCUCUAAAAGCUUCGUGCAUACUUGCCAGGCUCUUGAAUGACAUUAGUAGCCACAAGUUUGAGAAGACCAGAGGUCAUGUUUCGUCUGCAAUAGAUUGCUAUAUGGUUCAAUUCGGAUUCUCCAUCGAAGAAGCUAAGAAGGAGCUCCAAAUACGCAUUGAGGAGGCAUGGAAGGACAUGAAUGAAGAAAUAAUUGGGUCAAGAAUUGUUCCAACUCCUAUACUAUUCGCAGUUAUCAACGUUACAAGAACAUUAUGUGACAUCUAUCAUUGUGAUGAAGAUGGCUAUACCGUCGGCCAAUUUAUGCAAGAAAAAGUUGCCACUAUUCUUGUUGAUCCUAUUAUUAUGGCAUAA